CGUUCAGUUCAGCUCCUCGAUUCGAGACGUAGAGGCUCCAUCACCAGCUGUCGCCGCCCCUAUUGGCCCAUUUACGCAGCUUGUUUAGGCAUCAUCAAAGCCAUAGCCGUCAAGUGUCUUCAUAUCUCGUUAAUACCUACAUUCACAUUCACAAUGCCGUCGCUACUGCUUCGACCACAUGCCAGUCUCUCCCACGCCGAAGCCUUACAGGUCGCCCAGCAAGCUCCCGAAAUCCUACGCAAAAACCCUGCAUCAUACUCUGCAUCGCCGCUCUUUUCAUUAUUCUCUCCACCCGAGAGCUCGAACACAUGGACAAUAUACGAGAAUCUCCUGCUGGCCUGUCUACGAACUGGUGAUAAUACAACGGCACGUCAAUGCCUCGAGAGACUGGUCGUCCGGUUCGGGGGUAGCGAUGAGCGCAUUGAAGCCCUCAAGGGCCUAGUGAAGGAAGCCGAAGCAACAAACGAUGGCGAGCUUGAAAAGGUGCUGAAGGAAUACGAGGAAAUCUUGGCCAAGGACAACACCAACGUGCCAAUUGCGAAGAGAAGAAUUGCCCUGCUACGUGCGAUGGGUAAAACAGCCGAGUCGAUUGAAGCCCUGGUACAGUUCCUGGAUUUUUCAUCCACCGAUGCCGAAGCUUGGAUGGAGCUGGCAGAUCUGUAUCUGUCUCAAGGUCUAUACGCGCAAGCCAUCUAUGCCCAGGAGGAGGCGCUCACUAUAGCGCCAAAUGCAUGGAAUCUCCAUGCCCGCUUGGGCGAAGUCCUUUUGAUGGCUGCAGAGUCUGGGAGUGAGGGUAACCCUCAAAACUAUCUUGCAGAGAGCUUAAAGCGCUUUUGCCGAAGCAUUGAACUCUCCGAUGAUUAUUUGCGAGGCUACUACGGACUGAAGCGAGUCACCGACAAGCUCCUCGCUGCAAACUCCAAAGGGAAGAAGCCAUCAGAGUCUGAUGAGUUCACCCUGCCGGAAACAUCGACAAUUGAAAAGCUCAAUCAGGCUGCGACGAAGAAGCUGGGCGACAUUGUGCGGAAAUAUGAUGCAAAGGACCCUCUUUGGCAGGGAUAUGACGCCGGAGAGGUGGCUGCUGCCCGUACCUAUCUUUCAGAGUCGUCACAAAAGGUUUUGCGGUGAAGACAUUAAGUGUAUUGGUUGUCAGGCAGGUAAAGCGUUUAAAACAGGUUGAUGGACGCCUUGCAGACGGAACGGUGGGAUGAGAAUACCCGACACGUGGAGCCAUUCAACGCUGUUGGAAUAAUGGACAUGAUGGAUGAUUUGUGGCAACAAAUGAAAUACAUACAUAAUAAUGUGC